AUGAUCCUUGGUAUCGGCAUUGGUAUCGUAUUGAUAGUCGCUUUUGCUCGUCACGAGAACGUUCGAUCCAAGCAUCGCUCCGAUUUGGCGAAGACGAUAGCAGAGUUUGCGAGGAUGACGAUGGAAGAUUCCAGAAAACUUUUGCCUUCUAAGUUCUAUCCAUCAUGGGUGGUCUUCACUAAGAGACAGAAGUUAAAUUGGCUUAAUUCCCAACUCAGGAGGAUUUGGUCACACGUUGAUGAGGCAGCGUCAGAAUUGAUAAGAACCAUUGUGGAACCAAUUCUUGAACAAUAUAGGCCGAUUAUUUUGUCUUCUCUCACAUUCUCCAAGUUGACCCUUGGCACUGCUAUUAGGGGUGAUUUAUCAGCUUUACCGGGGAUAUCUGAUGCUAUAGAGGAAACAAUUAAAGAUGCGAUUGAAGACUCUAUAACUUGGCCU